GGUGUGGUGUGGUGUGGAUAUUACCAGAGGAGCAGAUAAUAAAGAUCAGCUGAUUACAAAUCCUAUAAAGACCCGAGGAAGAAGGAAACGUCACUUGGACUCUGACGAGACUUCACUGACAAACAUGUCAAAGGAACAAACCUCAGACCCAAAGGACUCCGUCAGGAUGGUUCUUGUUGGGAAAACUGGAGUUGGGAAAAGUGCAGUAGGAAACACCAUCUUACUGAAGAAGGUUUUUAAAUCAUCAGUUUCUGCUUCCUCAGUGACGAAAGUGUGUAUGAGAGGAACAGGGGAGGUUCAGGGCCAAAAACUGGAGGUUAUUGAUACUCCAGGUCUGUUUGACACAAGUCUGAGUGAAGAGAAGGUGAGGGUGGAAAUCGCUAAGUGCAUCAUAAAUGCUGCUCCUGGACCUCAAGUGUUCCUGAUCACUGUCAAGGUAGACAGAUUCACUAAAGAAGAACAGGAAACAGUGAAAAUCAUUCAGAAGCUGUUUGGAGAAAAGGCUGCAUGUUACACCAUGGCCCUGUUCACCUAUGGAGACAAUCUGGAGACAGACGGCAUCUCCAUAGAAAACGUCAUUUGUGAAAAUAAGGAUCUGAGUGACUUCCUCCAUCAGUGCAAAGGAGGAUACCAUGUUUUUAACAACAGAAAUAAAGAUCCUGCUCAGGUCCAUGAGCUGCUGAAGAAGAUCAACACAAUGGUUGAGAGAAAUGGAGGAAGCUACUACACCAACGAGAUGUUCGAAGAGGCUGAGAAAGCUGUAAAAAAAAAGACAAUUGAGAUUCUGAAGGAUGACCCAAAUAAACACCCGGAUGUCGCAAGAUCUGAAGCCAAAAAACAAGUGUCAGGGACUGUUUCCGCAGUCAGAAUUGGAGCAGGGGUUGGAGGUGUUUUGGGAGCAGGUGUUGGAGGUUUUAUUGGAGCGCCGAUUGGGGCGGCACUUGGAGCAGGAGUGGGAUAUGUGGCUUCAAAGUGCGUUAUACAGUGAUAUUUAAUAUCAAGGAGUCAUCAGCUCAUUGCAGCUAAAUGAAAUAGAUACAAAUUAAAAAAUCUAAACGUGAAAACAGUAUUUAUUCAUGUUUGUAAGGUCAGAGUGAACUUGAGUCUAAGUGACAUUUUGUACCAAUUGCGAGAAAAUUGCCUCAAGGCGUAUUUGAGAUGUUGAGAAUGUGGACGUUGUUGAGAUAUCUAUGUUUCUCUGUGUCUUGUGACUAUAUUUUACCUAUAUCCUGUGAAUAAAUAUUAGCUGCAUAAUCUAGAUAAUCAAUAAUGCUUAUGCUACAACUGUUUCUUUUUGGGAUGAUGUCUAUCUUUUUGACUCAGACACAGGGUUUGCACAACAAGCACAGGUUCUCAGGAAGAGAGAGGUCAUGUCAGAAUUAAUACAAAGAGAUGUUUCAUGAAACGUGGUGAGAAAAAGAUAUGAAAUCCUCCUCUCUGUCUAAUCUGUCUCUCUCCGAUGUAGCAGGCUCCCUGUUGGCCAAGGCCACAGUAGUGGGACACCUGGUCAGUUGAAAGUGAUGUGCUUGCAAAAAACUGCACUUUGAGGAAACAGUAUACAUCUGGCCAAUAACUGAAUUCUCUCAAAGAAAAAGAACCGCCUCUGUGAUGCCCCCUAUGUCUGUAUAAAAACUGUGGACUUAGGAUGUGGGGGGUUUCUUCUCGACAUGAUCCAGUGAACCUGGUGACGUGUCCGUCAGAACCCCAGAGACUCUCUGUAAGUAUUUCAUUGUUUUACAAUAAAUGUUCAAUUUCCAGAACUUCAUGUAUAAGUGUCUAAUUAUUCCUUCUCAAAUCCUGGAUCAACAAACACGCUUGUCCAAUCGCCGGAGGCGAGGUCAAAUUUAGUGCCUGGCGAUGACAACGUACCAAUGGACGUACUGACAGAGGGACAACCCAAAAACCUAACACCCCUAAAAAUAAUCAUGGAAACACUUUAACUUUGAUUAUAAUUUUUAUCAGAAUGUGUUA